CAACAACUAACGAAUGUUGUUCGUGAUGAAAUGAUUAACUUAAACAAAAGGUUACACGACCAGAAGUUCAAUGGCCUUAAACGUCGCCUCACAGAACAAAUUUUCCAGCUCCAGCGAAUGAAAGAAGGGGAGAAACUAGAUGAUCCUACCCUAUGGAAUGAUUGCGCACAAUUUCUAUCGGAGCUUGCGUUUAGGUUUGAGUCACCAGUGCCUUUCAAGUAUGAAGACAACUUGACCGAGGAUCCAGAUAUAAGAGAUUUUGUGACAGCCGUAGUUCAGUACUCNGAAGCUCAUUCAUUCUUUGUGGCUCUUCUGUUUGUUGCUAAAGGAAAAUAUGCAGAAUUUAAAAGCGCAAACGAAGACGAAAUCGCCAUGGUGGACCGUAAAAUUGUGUUCCAACUUAAAGAAGCUAAGGAGAAACUUUAUUUUCUCUCCGAAAAGAGAUUUUUGACAUUUCUUGGACGAGUCGAGGGCGGAAAACUCACAAAAAUUUUAGCUUUAAGUAGAAGAAUUCGUGAUAGAAGUCUUGUAGAAACCGUUCGCCGCAGCUUGGGUUUGUUGCCAAUGACGGACUUGUCAACAAUCGAGUCUUCUGCGAAGAAGGUGAGUCAACAAGAAGUGACUUUGAGGUCAGCAAAAAAGUGCAGUUGGUUUAUUCUCCAGUACUUUGGCACGAAAGUUGCCAUUCAGUUUAUCAAUGACGCUGAUUUCACGAUAAAGAUUGUUUCCGGCGAAGUGGGCUGGAGCCAAAGUAACAUACUUCAGUUUCAAAGAAUCCUUCAACCUCGGCAAUCGCUUUUUAUUGAGACUAACUUCGCCUUCUCAACGGCGGGGUACAUAGUUCUGUAUUUAAGAGGCAACACACGCAGAGUUUUCGAAKUUGCAGUUUCAUCGUUAUUCCAAUAUAAUCAGAAAAUAAGCAUGCAAGACAGAACUGGCGCAGAGUUUUUACGUGGUUUAAAUGCUUACAAUGAGAGAUCUCAAGACACUGUAAUUAUGUACUUUUCUGAAAAAGGGAAAUACUACAUUGCCAAAGCUGAGAUUUAUGUUUGUUGGCCCGAUCGAACUUUGCGAUUUAUCAUUCAAGACUUUGAUCCAGAAGCUGUAUAAAAAAAUUAAGAACAUCAACAUGUAUGUUUCAUAGGGAAUUUAUAAUAAAAUUUCAGCUGGAUCCACCCUUGCCCACCGCCCUCUGCUUCUACAAAUCUUAAUAAGAAAAUUUCAAAAUUGAAUGAAAAAAAAAAAAAAAUUGAGGAGGCAGGGGCGGAUUCAGGGGGGGGGGGCGUGAAUGGGCCGCGGCCCCCCUUUUGCUGAACAGCAAUAAAAAAAAACUAACUAAAAAAGGCAACAAUUAAACAUCGAAAAAAAAACAACUCUUAAAACAAUUUGCACAUUUGACUGUCAUUUUUUAUUUUUUAUUUGCACUUUCGAGUUGACGAAGCAAAGGCAAAUUCCCGCAAAAAUUUCCCGCCAUUUUUGUCGACAAAUCUCCCUCUCUCUCCCACCCUCCCCUCCCUUUGAAAAUUCCUGGAUCCGCCCCUUGGAGAUGCAAAUGUAAACAAAAUAGAGCCAUUUUCCAUUUCGAGAACGAGGCUUCAUGACGUCAUUUCUAGGAAUCCACUGUAACAUGGAUGUGUAUUAUCUUAUAUGAAUUCCACUUUCAUAUUGAAAACGAGAGAAAGUUCUCAUUUGUUCAGGUUUCUGUUGCUCCAAGAAGGUAGCAGUAGGUCGUAGCAGUGUCYGUUUUCCAACCAAGGUUUUCAGUGAUUUAUCCAGGUAUGGAGGAUAUAGAACCUUCAUCAUUGUCGCCGUUAGAUCAAAUUAUAGCAGCUCUUCGUGCGAAUAUCCAGGCAGAUGAAGCCUUGCCAAAUGAUUCAACAACGACACAAUUGAAGGUACAUAUGCACAUGAAUAAGAUUUUAUUAUCUAAACUAAUUUAUGCUCGUUGUAAACACUUUGAUUCCAAGCUGUGCUACGUGAACUGGAAAUUACCGAGGAGAGACUGGGUCGGGAGGGCUGGCUGAAAAUGUCGCUGGGUAAACUCAUGUGAUAAGUUACUCUGCSAACAGAGCUACUCUCGGCGGGUGAGAAAAGUAGCUCUGUUCGCAGAGUAAUGAUAAGUUGUCUCGUGUACU